CUCCCGGCCGUGCGGGUGGCCGAGGGUGACACCAUCUACGACUUCACCUGGUACCCCCUGAUGGACUCCAGCGACCCCCCGAGCGACUGGGAGGGAACUGGGAGCACUGGGAAGGGACUGGGAGGGCACUGGGGGCACUGGUGGGGAACUGGAUUUGGGGAUCCCUGGGUUUUGGGGAUCCCUGGGUUUUGGGGUCUCCCCAGUUCCUGUAGGGAUUUGGGGGACCCCCCGUCUGUCUGGGUGGGCUUUGGGGUGUCCCCGGUUCCUGUAGGGAUUUGGGGAACCCCCCGUCUGUCCGGGGGGGCUUUGGGGUGCCCGGCAGUGACCGGGGGUCCCCAGGACGAGCUGGUGGCCCCCCACUCCUUGGCCUUCGCCCCCGACGGCUCCUGGCUCCUGGGGGGCUUCGACGGCGCCGUGCGGGAAUUCCCGACCGAGCGGCCGGGCCGGAGCGGCCUCCAGAGGAACCUGCACCAGGGCGGGAAUGGCCAGCGAGGCCUGAUUGGCUGCCUGGCCUUCAGCCCCAGCCAAUCGCUGUUUGCCUGCGGCUCCUAUGGGCGGAGCCUGGGGCUGUACCCGCUGGAAGGGGGCGGGGCCGUGGCGCUCUGGCCCCGCCUCCCGGCCGCGCCCACCCACCUGCGCUUCAGCCCCUGCGGGACGCAGCUGUACGCGGGCGGGAGGAAGGACCGCCACAUCCUGUGCUGGGACCUUCGUGUCCCCGAGCGUCCCCUCCUGGCGCUGCCGCGGCGCGUGGCCACCAACCAGCGCGUGACCUUCGACCUCGACCCGUCGGGGCGGUUCCUGGUCAGCGGUGACACCGAUGGCUUUGUCACCGUGUGGGACACGCUGGCCCCCCCCGGCCCGGGGGACCCCCCCGAGCUGCCCCCCCUGCUUCGCUUCCGCGCCCUCCGCGACUGCGUCAACGGCACCAGCCUGCACCCCGGGCUGCCGCUGCUGGCCACGGCCUCGGGCCAGCGCCUGUUCGCGGCGCCAUGGGACAGCGACGGGGACAGCGAGGGGACACAGGAGGGGCCGGCCCCGGGGGGGGACAUCCGGCUGCAGCUCUGGUGGUGGGGACCCGAGGACAGCGGGGACGGCGGCUGGGACACCCCCGGGGACACCGGGGACGUCGGGGACACCCCCGGGGACAUCGGGGACAUCGGGGACACCCCCGGGGACAUCGGGGACAUCGGGGACACCCCCGGGGACAUCGGGGACAUCGGGGACACCCCCGGGGACAUCGGGGACACCCCUGGGGACACCAGGGACAUCACGGACAGCGGCUGGGACACCCCCGGGGACAGCAGGACCGGCCAUUGUCACCAUCCUGGGGACACCAAGUGUCACCUCCCUGGGGACACCGAGACUGGCAGUUGUCACAUCCCUGGGGACACCGAGUGUCACCUCCCUGGGGACACCAGGAUUGGAGAUUGUCACCUCCUCGGAGACACCGAGUGUCACUUCUCUGGGGACGUCGGGACCACUGAGUGUCACCUCCCUGGGGACACUGUGAACCACUGAGUGUCACCCCCCUGCGGACACCUGGACCAGCCAUUGUCACCUCCCUGGGGACAAUGAGUGUCACCCCCCUGGGGACACCGGGGCUGGCGAUUGUCACCUCCCUGGGGGACACUGUGACCACUGAGUGUCACCUCCCUGAGGACACUGGGACUGGAGAUUGUCACCCCCUUGGGGACGCCGACUGUCACCCAUCCCAGGGACGGUGACUGUCACCCUUGGGGACCACAACUGUCACCCUGGGGACCCCAAAUGUCACCCAGUGUCACCCUGGGGACAGCAGCACUGACCCCUCGGGGUCACAGCCCCUCUGGGGACCCCAAAUGUCACCCCCAGGCCUCGGUUGUACUAAAGGUGUUGUGACUGUCA